AUGUUCUCUUCCGGUCAGCCGGAGACUUUUGCCGAGAAGUGUAAGCGACUUAAACAGGUUACAAUUGGAGAGCCACAAAUGCAGCAACGCAGUAUCGAUCAAAGCAACCCUGAGUUCAAGCAGAUACAAAUACAGGAAGAGCAGAAAUCUACGCCUUCACUGUUUCAACUCUUCAAACCAGAUGGAAAUUUUGUUAAUCGUGUUAGCAGUCGAAUAAUGGAUGCGGCUAUCCCAUCAAGUUCAAAGUCUAAAAAGGCCUUAUCUGAGAAAGCGGAAGAAGUUCUGAAUGCAGUGGGAGAGAAGAAAAAGAAAACACGUGUAAGACUGCGGAAAAGUAUACAGGAGAUAGGGAGGAGAUCACCAGGAAUGAUCAAAAAACUUCGCAAGAAGAGGGUAAGAAGAAAGAAGAAACAUUCUGCAUCUAGGAAAGAAAGUAUCAGUGCUGCACCUAAAGAGCCAUCUAAAUCAGCUACUCCUGUAAAUUCAGAAGCAGGUACUCCGAAGGAGCGAACUCCAGAAGAGAAGAGUCGGAUGGGCAAGCCUAAGAUACCUGAAAUUAGUGAAGAAAUGCAGUACACAGAGUAUGAAGUGGUGGAUGCGCCAGUUGCACCGGCUAGAGCGGAUGUUCAUGCUCAUCGUAGGCGUAAACGGAAAAAUCGAAAAACAUUGUCCUCUGAAUAUGAUACUCGAUCGACAGAAGUUACUAGUGAAGAAAAGACAACGGAAACCUACGAAACUCUUGAUACAAAGGAAAUCGACGAGUUAAAGAAGGAAAAUGAUGGACAGAAUAAAUUAGCAAAAACUGGGAAAGAAAAAGUGCUUAAGCAGGAACCAAAAAAGAAAUCUCCAGGUCGUCCUUCUGGGUCGUGUGAAAAACAGUCUCCAUCGAUAGAAGUGACUAAUGAAGAAAAGAAAACCGAGACUUCUGGAAGUGUUACCAACGCUACAAAAGAAAACAUCGAUGCGAAGACGCAACAGCAAUGUGAUGGUGUUGUCCAAAGUAAAUCUGCAACGCCUGAAAAGUGUCUUUCCGUUGACAAGGACAAGGAGGAACGGAAAUCGUUCUUUGUGGACCAACCGGCAGCCGAUAUUUCGUCUAUGUACUGUGGAAUGAAUGAUGAAGAAAAUAAAACCGAUACGAACCAAACGGUGCCUGACCCGAAACCGAAAGAGGAGAACCCAAACUUACCGAUAACAGUGUUAUUAAAUGAGCCAGGCAAAACAGCCGCAAUUAGAAGACCAGAAAUAAAUACUCGUCAAAAUUUGGGAGUGGAGACUGCUAAAUGA